AUGCCUGAACCAGCCAAGUCCGCGCCCAAGAAGGGCUCCAAGAAAGCCGUGACCAAGACCGCCGGGAAAGGCGGCAAGAAGAGGAGAAAGAGCAGGAAGGAGAGCUACGCCAUCUACGUGUACAAGGUGCUGAAGCAGGUCCACCCCGACACCGGCAUCUCCUCCAAGGCCAUGGGCAUCAUGAACUCGUUCGUCAACGACAUCUUUGAGCGCAUCGCCUCUGAAGCGUCUCGUCUGGCUCACUACAACAAACGCUCCACCAUCACCUCCAGGGAGAUCCAGACCGCCGUGCGCCUCCUGCUGCCCGGGGAGCUGGCCAAGCACGCCGUGUCCGAGGGAACCAAGGCCGUCACCAAGUACACCAGCUCUAAGUAGACCAACACCCAAUACAAACCAACGGCUCUUUUCAGAGCCACACACCGAAUCUGGAGAGCAUGUGAUUUAUUGAGUUUAUGAACAAUUGCUAUAACAAAGGAUAAUGAUUA